AUGCAUGUUGAAAACAUUUGGGCACAACUAAGUUAUGAAUUCGGCAACUCAUUAGAAGGAGAAACUCUCAAUUCGACACAAUUCAAAUAUCCUACCAAUAUACCGACAACUCUUGUGACACCAGCAGCUUUUUAUUUGCCAAUAAAUUACUUAGUAAAGAAGAAAACAAUAACAAACCAAAUGUUUACCGAUAAAUGCGUUAACAAGCUAAAUGAAGUAUACCUAUAUCUAUCAUUAAAGUUGAGUAUAUAA